GAGGACUUCACACGUCGUAUCGAUUACCUCGUCGACACCUACAUGCGCGCCCGUCGCAUCUUGUGCCAAAGACACAUUUGCUUCUCACCGUGUUGAUGACAGCUAUCGCGACCUCUGUCUCUCGGCGUUCUUGCUCGUCGUGUCCCGACUAGUGCUCCCAUUUCCCCCCUGGGAAUCUGUCGAUAUUGACUCGACCAACUCGACGCUAGCCACAAUGGUGUCCUCGUCAGAUAUUGUCGAGGUUGCCGAUGAGCUUCUUCGCCGAGCGAUGGCUCCUUCGGACGAUGACUCGGAUAUCCCCGAGGAGCAGAAGGAGGCCUUGGCGUCUUGGGCCCUCUUCAUUUCCAUCAUGCUCCUGAUCAUAGCCUUCCUCGCGAGCUAUUUUCUCCACGAAAGGAAGAUUGAGGCUGUCCACGAGACAGUAAUCUCCAUUUUCGCAGGCAUGACGAUUGGCCUUCUGCUGCUUAUCAUGUCCGACGAUUCGAUCCGCAACCUGAUCAGCUUCGACCACCAGAUCUUCUUUAAUCUGCUUCUACCACCCAUCAUUCUUGGGGCGGGUUACGAGUUACAUCAAGCCAACUUCUUCCGCUACAUUGGUCCCAUAGCAACUUUUGCUUUCGCCGGCACCUUCUUGUCUGCCUUCGUCAUCGGUCUUAUUCUUUGGCUGUAUUCCAUGACCGGACUCGAGUCUCUGAAGAUGAACUUUGUCGAUGCCAUUUCCGUGGGCGCCACCCUCUCGGCUACGGAUCCGGUCACUAUAUUGGCCAUUUUCAACACAUACAAGGUCGAUCCGAAGCUGUACACCAUCAUCUUCGGCGAAUCGAUUCUGAACGAUGCCAUCGCUAUUGUCAUUUUUGAAACAGCCCAGAAGUACAAGGCUCACGCCUCCAAGCUGAGCUUCGUUAGCUUCUUUGAGGGUAUUGGUAUCUUUUUCAUCGUCUUCUUCGGCAGCUUGAUCAUUGGUGUCCUUGUUGGUGUUGGGACGGCUCUCCUCCUCAAGAUGACAUACAUCAGACGAUACCCCAAGAUUGAGAGCUGCCUGAUUGUUCUCAUCGCCUAUGCCACCUAUUUCUUCUCGAAUGGCACUCACUUGUCUGGUAUUGUCUCGUUGCUUUUCUGUGGCAUCACGCUGAAGCACUACGCCUAUUUCAAUAUGUCCCGGAGGACACAGCUUACGACCAAGUUUCUCUUCCAAGUGCUUGGUCAGCUGUCGGAGAACUUCAUCUUCAUCUAUCUGGGUCUUGCCUUGUUUACCGAUAACGCCUUGCAGUUCCGCCCUCUGCUCAUCAUCAUCACUGUCCUAGCCGUCUGUGCGGCCCGAUGGGUGGCGGUCUUCCCUCUGUCUUGGGCCAUCAACUGGACCAUUCGCUAUAGGGCACGUCGCAGGGGUGCUGACGUCGGUGACGAACUUCCCUAUAACUACCAGGCUAUGCUUUUCUGGGCCGGCCUGCGAGGAGCAGUCGGCGUUGCGCUAGCCGCAUUGCUCACCGGGGAGAACUCGUACGCACUCAAGGCUACCGUCCUGGUCGUCGUGGUCUUGACAGUCAUUAUCUUCGGCGGAACCACUGCCCGAAUGUUGGAGAUACUCGGCAUUCGUACGGGAGUUGAGGAACUUGACAGCGACGACGAAUUUGACAUUGAAACGUUUGCCGGCGGUAGCCACUACAAGCGCCCCGGGGCCGGUAUCGAAUCAACUUCCAGACGCAAUGGCAACGUCUCGUUAGAGAACCUAGGGGCUCAGAACAACCAAAGGAGAUCUUACGCGUCUGGCCAUAGGUCGCCGAAUCCGCUUCGGCGCACGUCGAGCCUUGGCAGGCAAAAUGCCGAGGAGAGGUCGGACCUGCUUGGACGGAGCGGGAACACGACUGACACCGACCUCGACAGCGAUGUUGACACUUCGGACCUGCCGCCGCCCGCGCAUCGCCCAUCUCGCAGACAAACGAGCCCAAUGUUCACUCCGGGAACAUCACAAACAGGAGGGACUCCGUCCCUGCUGCAGUCCGAAACCGGUUCCCCGGCGGGUGGCGCGAUCGCCACUACCCCGAGUGUAUCGGCCCGGUCCGCUAUUCGCCAGCUGUGGCAAGCUGAGGACCCUGCGCUGCUUCUUAAGCAACUGGAUGACGACUUCAUCAAACCAAGGCUGCUUCUCGAUUCGGGUAGCCGAGGUACUCCCGGCUCUUCGUCGUCUGGCACACAAGGGGGUGGCGCUUCUGGGUCAGGUCGAGAGGCGUAAGGGCAUCGAGACAAGUCAUAAGGACAGUCUAUUGGGCCAGAAAGUCAUGGUGUAAGCAGGAAAAUACAGCGCAGGUUCGAUGCGAGGCGGCUUCUUGUUUCUUCGGUCGUCUGUGGCGGAGCUAGAUGUCAUGCGGCGCUUUGAACUGCUACUAUACAUUCCUGUAGUUCUAGCUCUCCGUAACGGGGAAGCAUCAAUAUAACGAGUCUUAACUGCU